AUGUUGCUGCUGAAUCUGUUAUUUAUAGCCAUAGCAUCACAAACAUUUGUGGCAGCGGCGCCUAAGCGGAAAGCGACGGAUGAGCGUGUCGCUGCAGUAUUUGUUAAGGAUAGCGAAAAUGGUCAGCUGCGCUUUCUCACUAGCACCAAUUCUGUUAAUCAGCUGAUUACCCAGAAACAGGAUCUGCUCGAACAAUUGCGGCCAUCAAAUGGCAACAACAAUAACAUUACACCUAUAUAUAUAGACUUGAAUGGCGGCACGACAAGCACAUCACCCACACUCAGUACCAGUAAUAGCAAUUCUGCAAUCCUGGCAGCGGCUGCUUCCAGUUCCGCACCGAUUAACGCUGUACUGCCGCAAAUUGUGGGACAAGCCGUGGCGGGAGGAGCAAGUAGCUCAAGCACAGGUACUGGCACUUCCUCAACUAAUCGUUUCCGUCGGCGUGGCAACAAGCGUCGUCGAGUCAAUGUCAAUUCGAAUAAACGGCGACGUCGACGUCGCCCUGCGAAGAAGAAUCAGAGGAAGCCACAAGUUGUUGUGGUGCGACCCCAGCGGGGUUAA